CAGAUCUGGCGCCUCACUGCCCCUCUUCCCUCUUUCCUCUGCUCUCUGGUGACCUUCGCUGCCUCACCGCCCUAAAUUUCCAAAGACCGCAAUGAAGCCACGACCGCAGUGAACCCGCCGCGUCUCUAUCUUCGUCUCAUCUUCAAUGGUAGAGCAAACCAUCGCCAUCACCACCGAUGCCAGUUCUACAACCUCAGCUCCGCCGCACAUCCCAAUCCUCUCUCUACUUCAAUCUCUGGAUCAAUUCUUCUUUCAACUGAUGGUCAAAUCAAGGCCUAAGAACGAGGAGAAUGACCUAGAUUUCUACGCGUACUACGUCCCCAACGAGAUAUUGAAGAAUUUCCAAGGAAUCUGCGGUCUCCAUCUCCAGCUGCCCUGCCAUGGAAAUCAGAAGCAGAAUCCGCCCAAAAAUGGCAAGAAUUCGACGACUUUGCUGAAAUGGAAAGCUGAAUUUGGGCGAGAGCUGCACAACUGCGUGAUUUUAGGGGCAAAGUCGUGGGCGGAGAAGGAUGCAGAUGAAUCCAAGGAAAAUGCAUCGCGGGUGAUGGGGACGACGAGCUGAAGCGGCGGAUCAUGUGGACGAUAUUGUGGUUGAUCACUGCGUCGGCGAGGCAUUACCUGAUGCAGAAAACGGUGAUGGCGUAUAAGACAUUUAUUUUGUUUUGCCUCCAAUUAUAUCUAUGAUAGCAAAUAGAAUUCGUGUUAAAAUUACUACAAUCAAUAAGUUGGUGUAUUUCUUUUUAUAUACUUUUCAUGUUAAAAAUUA